AUGGAGUCAGACGGGUGGGAACGUCUAUCCACGACCACCGGAGUCCGGAGGAGGGCGCUCGCGUUCGGGUUGCCAAGGCAGCGAGGGACGCUGGAAGGUCGAGCGCGGAGGGAUCUAGGCCUGCUUCCGCCCUGCCUCGCCCAGCCGCUGCCCAGGACGGCAUUUAUCUCUCAGAAGAACAAAACUGUGAGUGGAAGGAAAUCUGCAAAAGGUGGCCUGAAACCAGAGCCUCAGACACCUCUGCAGAUAGCACCUAAUGAAAGUCAAGACAUCAUUGCUUCUGUUCAGUCCAUCUUGGACAGAGAAAAUUAUUUUGUGAGGGAGGUGGACAGGUAUUUGAGACACAAUGAUUUCUUAAAUCUGAGAAAGAAGGAGAUGCUGUACAAGAAAUGGCUUGAGGAUGUUUCAGAGCCAUUGCUGCAGAAAAUUGAGGACAAAAUGGACAGCCAGUCAAGCGAAGAAAUACGCAAAAGGAAGGAAGAACAACUCUCUCUCUAUUUAAACCAUUGUAAAAAGAAGGGCUAUGCGACUUUGGAAGCUUACGACCCAUCAGAGUACAAUCCGCUCUUCCUGAAGACAUGCACAGACUGCUGGAAGGUUUCAGUUCCAGCUUUACAGGAUCCUCUGUUAGAAGGCAUUCAAAGAAGGUUUAUUGAGACAGGCAUUAUCAAGCAGUGUGAGACAGGAAGACCAUACUCCACCAGAGAGCUGAACAAACUCAGUAAAGCAGAGCUGCCUCUGCUUCCACUAAGCCGGCAACGUAUGGAUGCAGUGGAGUGGCUGAAGAUACCACACACCUACAUUGCUAGUGAUGUCCACAAAAAGAACAGGGCACAAAGUCGUGAGCCACCACAGACAGUGAGAGCUGAUGAUAUAACCUGUCCUCUGGCUGACUGA